AUGCGGGAAACCUUAGAUCGAAGUCGGCAACCCUUGGAAGAUAUUUCUAACAAGCUCGAAAAAGACUGUUUUGACGAAGGCGAGAAAGAAGAAGAAUGUAUCGUUGGACGACGGCAAAAGCUGUCCGAAUGUUCGGAAUAUGAACCUAUCCCCGACCAAGGCGAUACUUGCUCUGGAUUCGAUUUUGAGCAUCAUAUGUUCAGCGACGAUUCCAACUCGUCCGACUUUCGCUUUUCGCAAUCUUCCGUCGGAGAAGGAGAGUCUUUCUCCUCCUUGAAGAGCCCUUUGGUUUUCCCUGGUCCGACUCGCUCUUCUGGUCACAUGGAUUCCUCGGAGAAGGAAAAUUCUAGCGAGACGACGAUCGAUGAACCCUCUACCUCAAAUGUCUUCCCGGCGCCAGAAGAAUUCGAGCACGCUCGUGACGCUGCUCAUGUUUCUCGACCACCUGCAGAUUCGCUUUUUCUAACUCCAACGAGCAAAUCGGUGCCUUUUCAAGGGUUCUCGCCGUCUUCACAAGAUUCCUCCUUCCUUCAGUCUCCAGGCGACACUGGAAUUACUUCCGAAGAAGAACUUGCCACAGGCGACGAAGAGGAAGAAGAGGAAAAGAACGAAUGCCCCGAAACCGUCGAGGAAAGGGCAACCGAGUCUUCAACGAUUAUUGACGAUGAAGAUGUCAAGAUGCCAUCGAUUACCAGCGUCGAAGUCGUCAAGCGAGGGAGAGCCACCUUUCAAGAAGUUCAAGAAAUUUCAUUUCGAUUUCAAAAAGAAGUCGAGAAAACAUUCAUCGAGCCUGCAGAAUUUUACAAGCUCAUUCGUGGCGAUUUCUCAGAUCAGCCAUUCAAAAAUAUGCUCGUUCUCGAUUGCCGAUACGGCUACGAACAUAAAGCUGGUCAUUUCAAAGGAGCAAUCAACUCCAACUACGGUGGGGAAGCUGACUGGAAACAAGUCCUGCUCAAACACACAUUUGACGACUCGAAAAUCGAUGGCCAAAACACAGUCAUCGUUUUUCACUGUGAAUUCUCACAGAAGCGAGGACCCAAAGAAAGGGAGUGGUUCCGUGGACACGAUCGUGCUGUCCACAAGUGGCCCAUGCUCGCCUUCCCCUUUACUCGAGUGCUUAAAGGGGGUUUCAAAGGAUUCUGGAGGGAUUACCCCAUUGAAGAAGUUCCAGCGGGCAUCUACGUCGCCUCGAACGAAGGACGGGCGCCAAUGUACGUCGCUGAGCUAGAUGCAAAUCAUAGAAUCGAGCAGAGGGAUUCGCAUAGACACGAAAAAAUACGCGAACGUGCAGAGAGAAAAGCGAGAGAAAGACGACGCGCGGUACGGGCGUACCACACGAAUUGCCCUGUUGGACCAGCUGGUGAGACCCAAGUCAAGAUCAAGCCCAUUCCUUUUGGGGGAUCUCCAGACACCCCUUAUCGGCACACGCGAAGCCGAGACAGAAUUUCGCGAUCGAAGACGAUCGCCCCUGGACGAGGUGUAAGCAGUAAAUCUACCUCGAAGAAGCUCUUCUAA